AUGUCGUCUCAGUUCAAAAUCGUUAACGAUGAACUCGUUCUAUCCCACAUGAAUUUUGUUGAUUCAAAUGUUUGUCAAACAUUUUCUAAUACUGUAAACGCCGCGUCUCGUCCAAUCAGUGUAACUAUCAAAGAAGAUAAUCAGAUAUCUCCUCAGGAUUGGAAGCUCAUUCUACAGAAUUCAAAUAUCAAAAAAUUAACAUUAUCCAAUGUUGAAUUAUCUCGUAAUGAUGCCCGUGUGAUUGGAGAUUGUCUACAAAAUAAUCAUACACUGAGAGAAUUUAUUAUUCAAGGUCCAGUAACAGAUUUUACAUUCGAAGUUCUGCUAGAAACAUUAGACAAAAAUAAAACAUUGACAAAUAUUGAGUUUGAUGAGGUUUACAAGACGGAUAUACGAGUUCUAGCAUUGGUAAAAAUGAUUGAAGGAAAUAGGACACCUUCACGGCCAAAUAGUCAAAUAGUAUCAGUGACAACACCGAUGUUGAAAGCGGAUGAAAUUGUUGUCUCAAAGCAAUCUUACGCUAUAUUUCCUUCUGGUCAAAUGGUACCAUUUUUUCUCAUUACAGCUCUAUUCUUCCUAUGGGGUGUUCCUAAUAGUUUCAACGAUGUUUUGAUUCGUCAAUUUUCAAAAUCGUUUGUUCUCACAAGAUUCCAAGCUGGUCUUAUUCAGUCUGCCUUUUUCAUGGGAUAUUUCUUGUGGGCAAUACCAGCUGCUUUAUUAAUGAAAAAAGCCGGAUAUAAGGCGGGAUUUGUGACCGGUCUAGUUCUGUAUGGCGUCGGAGCACUAUUGUUUUGGCCAGCAGCUCUUAUUGGAAGAUAUUCAGUGUUUUUGGCUGCAUUAUUCAUCAUUGCGAGUGGUUUAUCAUUCCUAGAAACAGCAGCAAAUCCUUUUAUUGCUCAACUAGGCAAUCCUAAAACAUCAGAACAACGUCUUAAUUUUUCUCAAGCAUUCAAUCCAUUAGGUGCUAUCACCGGUGUAUUAGUUGGCACACUAUUCAUUUUUUCUGGUGUUGAAUUGUCGGAAAAAGAAGUUCAUUCAAUGAAAGUCAAUGGAACAUACAAUGCCUAUUUAAGAAAAGAAACGUUACGGGUAAUAAAUCCAUACGUAGUCUUAGCUAUUAUUACAUUUAUUUGGGCAAUACUCAUUUUAAUCACAAAAUUUCCAGUGACAAAAGAUGAAGCAAAUGUUGUUUAUCAUGACCAAAUAGAGAAUAAAUCAUCAAAAUCUGGUUCACUUUGUCGUAUCAAUUUCAUAUUUGCUGUAAUUGCUCAGUUUUUUUAUGUUGGUGCCCAGGUUGGUACUUGGAGUUAUUUUAUUCAAUAUGCUCAAGAUAAUACGAAAAUUCCAGAAAAAGUUGCUGGAUAUUGGUUAACAGGAACGUUGGCUGCAUUUGGUGUGGGAAGAUUCAGUUCAGUCUAUUUAAUGAAAUUUGUUCGACCAAAUCUUCUCAUGGGUUUAUAUAGUUUGAUUAAUUGUGUUUUAGUUGGUAUUGGCGUAUUUUUUCCCGGUUGGGUUGGAAUGAUAUCUAUAUUUUGCACGAGCUUUUUUAUGUCACUUAUGUUUCCCACUAUAUUUGCUAUUGGUCUAAAAGGACUAGUCGGUUCAACAACGAAAAUAGCAGGAAGUAUCAUAGUGAUGGCCAUAGUGGGAGGAGCCGUGUUAACACCAUUAAUGGGUCUUAUUGCAGAGUUAACCCAUAGUAUUGCAAAAGCUUAUCUCUUGCCAUUUGUCUCUUAUUUGUUUAUUGCACUAUACUCAUUUCUAGGAGUCAAAAUAAAUCCAGAAAAAAUGUAG